AUGUCUUUCAAAUGCAUAGAUAAAAUAGCUAAAAUAGCGAGUGUUGAUUUCGAAGUCCUUGACGCUGCUGGCAAGAAUUAUUUGAGUUGGCAUGUGGACCUGAAGUUCCACUUACGUGCCCAGGGCUUAUUAGCCACAAUUUCAACUCCUGCACCACCGGCUACGGCCACUGUUACGGAUAAGGCGAAAGCCAUUAUCUACAUCAGGAGACAUAUUGAUCGGACCCUGAAGGCCGAAUACCUGACUGUAGAGGACCCAAAGGAAUUGUGGACUGCACUUGAGGACCGAUACAAACAUCAGAAAGAUGUGAUCCUCCCACGUGCACGUUAUGAGUGGGAAAACCUCCGACUUCAGGACUUUAAGUCCGUAGCUGAGUAUAACUCAGCACUUCAUAAUAUCACCUCACGCCUGAAGUUGUGUGGUGAAGAAGUUUCGGAGGAACGCAUGUUGGAGAAGACUUACACAUUCUUCCACGAGAAGGAUGCAAUCCUCAUGCAACAGUACCGCGAACGAAAGUUCAAAAAGUAUUCUGAAUUGCACUCCACCCUUCUGAUGGCGGAGCAAAACAGAGAAUUGCUUUUGGCCACUCAUAACCUACGCCCUGCAGGCUCAGCUCCUCUACCCGAAGCUCACAUGUUUUCUUCCCAGAAGCAGAAGAAAAAGCAUAAGGGUAAAUUCAACAAGGGGAAAGCCCCUAAGUGGCAGGCCAGAUGUCCACCCCAGAAAAACAACCCUCCCCAGAGCAGCAAUAGUGAGGGAAAGAAGAAGUGGAAGAAGAAGACCACUGAGCUGUCGUCCAUUCCCAAGAACACUUGGGAGGACAAAUGCCACAGAUGUGGCAUGACUGGACAUUGGUCCAGAAACUGUCGCACUCCGCGACACCUCCAAGAUCUGUAUCUAGCGAGCCAGAAGUCUCCUGUUGAAACAAAUCUGGUGGAAAAGCAGCCGUCUACUCAGUUCACUGCUGAUGACUUCGAAAUGGAUGAUCUUCUCGACUAG